AUGACUUUGAGCGUGCAGUUCUCGGGUAACACGGACGGCAUGGCCCUCCGGGUUUCUUCAAAAGGUCAUUGCACAUUCCACCCAGUGUGCUCCUUCAGAGAGUCCAUUAAAUUGAAUAGAGGCAGCAUGUGUAGAACCUUACAAGGGACAGGAAGGAGCUCACCAAAGCCCAGAGUCAUGCAGAAAAGCGAUUCUAACGCAGCAAACCAACCAACCCAGAAACACAACAGAGGCUGGAUUCAGCCUAUCCUCCACUAUCUACAUGUCAUGAAAAUAGAUCGGCCCGACCUCUACCCUCAACUCCAGACUCACACACUCAACUGUGGGUCUGACAAGUCCAUUGCGCAUCCUUCUGGCCUGUUAGACCCAAAACAAGAGCAUCGCCCAAGACUUCUCACAGAUGCCCCCAUCUCGACCAUCAGUUCAAGGAGUGUAGGGACAGUGUCUGCCUUGUUUAUGGACCCUUUCUCUAGUGCAGUGCCGGGGACAUCGUUUUCCACAUAUCUAUUACCUGAGUUGACAAUUUCCGUAAUAGUUAACACUUUUGGCAUGGUCAGAUAUUUAAAUUUUAGCCAUUCUGAUGGGAGUGGUCUUCAGUUGCCAUCCACAGCCCUUGAUGUCCUGCAUAUAAAGGAAGAGGAUCUCAAGUCCUUUGCAGCAGGAAUCCACUUAGGUGGCACUGACCUUGACUUCCAAGUGGAACAGUACAUCUAUAAAAGGAAAAGUAAUGGCCUCUACAUCAUAAACCUGAAGAGAACCUGGAAGAUGCUUCUGUUGGCAGCUCAUGUCAUUGCUGCUAUGGAAAACCCAGCUGAUAUCAGUGUCAUAUCCUCCAGGAACACUGGCCAAGGAGCUGUGCUGACGUUUGCUGCUGCCACUGGCUUCUUCCCUCCUGGAACCUUCGCUAACCAGAUCCAGGCAGCUUUCCGGGAGCCAAGACUUCUGGAGGUUACCAAUCCCAGGGCUUCCCACCAGUCUCUCCUAGAGGCCUCUUGCAUUCGCCUGCCUGCCAUUGCUCCGUGUAACACAGACUCUCCUCUGCGUUAUGUGGACAUUGCUAUCUCAUGCAACAACAAGGGAGCAUGGGACAUGAUGAUGCUCACCUGGGAGGUUCUGAGCAUGCUCUGUGCCAUCUCCUGUGAACACCCACAGGAGGUCAUGCCUGAUCGCUGCUUCUUGGGAGAUCUUGAAGAGGUUAAAAAGGAGGAGCAGGCAGCAGCUGAGAAAGCUGUGACCAAGGAGGAAUUUCAGGGUAAAUGGACGGCUCCAGCUUCUGAGUUCACUGCUAUUCAGCCUGAGGUGGCAGACUGGUCUGAAGGCAUGCAGAUGCCCCCUGCACCUGUCCAGCAGUUCCAACUGCGGAGGAGCCCUCAGCCUGCCGCUGAAAACUGGUCUGCAGCUCCCCCUGUUCAGAUCACUGUAUGAAUGGGAACAUCCACAAUGGUCUUAGCUGUUCUUCCACAAACUCUUAAUGUGUAA